GAUCUUACCCCUUGUACUGAACAUAUGGACAGACUAUGGAGGCCUUGGUUGUGACUAGCAUAUCAAUACAUUGACGAAAUCGCUUGUCACCAAGCAUAUUGUCCUGUUCUGAUAGCACAUGCACACUCAUAAGCGUCCUCCAAUUAUGCCACACACCAGUCACUGAGAUAGAGGUAAGAUAGCUCAUGCGGCCAGUUGUGUCUCGCCCCUGACUCAGCUGAUUGUCAGUACCACCGCACCGGCCGGCCCGCCAGCGACGCCCACCACUGCCUCUCUUGUUUCUCUUUGGCACAGCAACCAUGGCUCCUCCAGAAAAUCUUGUCAAAGUGUUCAAGUAUGUUGACAACAACAAAGCACGAUUUAUUGAUGUACUGCGUGAGGCUGUUGCUAUAAAGUCAGUGUCUGCUUGGCCAGAGAAGCGUGGAGAGAUAGUCCGUCAAAUGGAAUGGGCAAAAGCAAAGUUAGAGGCUCUUGGUGCAACUUGUGCUCUUCAUGACAUUGGCAUGCAGACAUGUCCAGAUGGCAAGAAAAUCCCUUUGCCUCCUGUAUUACUUGGCCAGUUGGGAACUGACCCAAAGAAGAAAACUGUGUGUGUGUAUGGCCAUCUUGAUGUUCAGCCAGCCUUGAAGGAAGAUGGGUGGGACACUGAGCCCUUUGUUCUGAUUGAGAAGGAUGACAAGCUGUAUGGCAGAGGUUCAACUGAUGAUAAGGGACCUGUCAUUGGUUGGAUACAUGCCAUAGAAGCUUUCCAGAAGAAUGGCCUGGAUGUUCCUGUCAAUGUUAAGUUUGUAUUUGAAGGCAUGGAAGAAUCAGGAUCAGAGGGGCUAGAAGAGUUGCUCAAGGCCCAGAAGGACAAGUUUUUGGCUGGCACUGACUUUGUUUGCAUCUCAGACAACUACUGGCUGGGCAAGAAUAAGCCAUGCAUCACGUAUGGUCUGCGUGGAAUUUGCUACUUCUGCAUUGAGGUUGAGUGUUGUCACAAGGACCUACACUCAGGAGUGUUUGGAGGCACCAUUCAUGAGGGCAUGGCUGAUCUCAUUUACCUCAUGAAUACACUCCUUGAUAACAAAGGCAACAUUCUUAUUCCAGGUUUGAUGGAUGAUGUUGCACCAUUGACAUCAGAGGAAGAAAAACUAUAUGCUGACAUUGACUUUGAUGUGGAGGACUAUUGUAAGGACUUGGGUCAUGAUCGUCUUAUCCAUCACCAAGAUAAGAUGAAGACCUUGAUGGCACGGUGGAGGAACCCGUCCCUCUCCCUUCAUGGCAUUGAAGGUGCCUUCAGUGAGCCUGGAGCUAAGACUGUCAUUCCUAGGAAGGUCAUUGGCAAAUUCAGCAUUCGCAUUGUACCAAACCAAACUCCUGAAGCAGUCAGCAAAGUAACCAUUGACUACCUGAACAAGCAGUGGGAGAAACGAGGCAGUCCAAACAAGAUGAAGGUCACAGAGAUGGAGGGUAGUGCUACCGCAUGGCAAGCAGAUUACACCCACCAAAAUUACCUGGCAGGCCGUAAAGCCACUCAGUUAGUAUAUGGGGUGGAGCCAGACUUGACCAGGGAAGGUGGCUCUAUUCCCAUUACAAUAAUUCUGCAGGAGGUAACUGGCAAGAAUGUGAUGCUGCUGCCCAUGGGAGCUUGUGAUGAUGGUGCCCAUUCCCAGAAUGAGAAAAUCAAUAUCCGCAAUUACAUUGAAGGAACUAAACUGCUGGCUGCCUACCUUCAUGAAGUUGCCAAUGCUUGAUGCAUUCAUUGGAUUCUGAAAUAAAUGUUCAUGUUAUCUAUUGUACCCUGAAGUAAUUUUCUGAUUUCUGUUAAUUCCAUAUGGGUUAGCAAGCAAAGCCAUGGAAGAUGGAGUGGUGUUGCUACAGGAUGAUUUCAUUUACAGUUCUCAGCCAUAAUGCUCAGACUGUCAUGGUUGUGGUCUGUUGUGCCUUACAUUUAUAAACAGUUUGCAAAAUGCUGAAUUUUCAUUAGUAAGAAUCCCAAGUUUACACACUACAGUACUGUAAGAUAAAAUAGGAAAUCCAUGUUUCUGUAAUAAUGAACAGGUACACAAACAACUAUGAAUAAACCUCACAUAUGACAAUGAGCGAUGCUAGGUAAACUGUAAUAUCAGUGCCAGUGAAAAGUCAAACUUAAUUUUUGUUUUUUGCAUUGUUUACUGUUGUCUUUUUGUCUUCAAAGCAAACAAUAAAGAAAAAAAUUGUGAUAAAUACUACUCAUGGGAAAAAAUUGAGCUAAUAAAGUUUGCAGUGUAAAGGA